AUGGUUCUUCUUGCAGUAAAACAAUUAGAAAAAAGUAUAUCUACCAAUGAUAUGGAUAAUGUAUCCAUACUUGGCUUGGACCAAGGCUGUAUUUUAUUGUUUGCUGCGACAACUCUUUCUCGAAAUUCAUCGACUCCACGAUCAAUCAUCGGCGGUGUUGACUUAAUGGACGGUGAUCAAAAAAUCUAUCAUCGCCAUCCAUCAUGCGUCAAAAUCACACAUGCCAGUAUUAAUGCAUCACGAUCAUUAUGUUGCUUUGUAACACGUUCAGAAUCAUAUGCUUUUGAUGUAUUUGUCGCUGAAAUUGGUUCAUCAAACUCAGGACGUUUAUUUUCACUUAAAUUUCCACGUUCCAGUUCAAUCCGAGCCUAUUUCGCACCUAACGAUGUUAUUUUGUUACUUAAUCGUGAUGUCGUCACUCUAUUUCGAAUGCCUAAUAGUGGCAAUGCUUUGGAUAAAGCCUAUGUUGUUGAUAGAGAUGCACAAAUAAGCAACUGCAUUUAUUAUCAAUGGGAUACAAUUCAACAACGAUUACACGUCAUACAAACACGUCAGCCAGGAUUAAUAAAAGCAACGCCAACAACCGAAUUUGAUGCCUUGGUCUAUAAAGCUUUUACCAUAAAUGCUAGAGGCCAAUUCGAUAAUAUUAUGAAAAUUGAUUUCGAUUUUAAACUACCGGAACCUGCAUCAAGCCAAUUGAUUUUCGAAAUACUUUCCAGUGAGACAAGUCUUUUUCUUUGUUGGCAAUCAACAAUGAAAGAAGAAAGUCAAAAAGUUGAAUACGCAGUUGUUUCACUUGGCCAUGGUCGAAGUCUUUAUCUAUCGAAAUCAUUACAGCAAGGGCAUUGGGAAAUAUUUCAAUCUCGUCGAGUUCAUUUUGGUCUCAUUGAUGGAGAUUAUGUUUUUGCUGCUUUACGCGGCGAAUUUAUUCAUUUACUUAAUUUUAACGUUCAAUUAAAUUUUCUUAAUCAUCUUUUUAUUCCUUAUGAUUCAAAUAGUUUACCAUAUGAUACAAAAUAUACAACACAACGUGGACUUUUUACGAAAACAUCAACGUUGCUCUAUGAAAAGAGAAAUAUUUCUACGUACACGAUUAAAAUAAAUCCUGAUGAACUCAUUCGAACACUUUCACCAGUUACAGUGGAGUCAAUUAUUGCUUAUGGAGUAGUAGCCGCUAAUAAUAAUGCUAUUGUAGCAGAAAUACUGCACCAUAUUUUAUUCGUUAUGUACGAUGAUUUGAAUACAAAAGCGUAUAUCAAAGAAAUUCUUACUGCAUUAAUCUUCAUGCGUCUUUCAAAACGAAUUCAUCACAAUAAAUAUGUCUUGGCUUUUCCUGCAACAACAGUCAGUCAGCGUCAUACAAAUAAUACAGAAGUAUCAAUUCAUUCAUUUGCUCAUCAUCGCGAAAAUGGCCCGCAACAUACUGGUAUAACAAAUAUUGAUAAAGAAUAUCAUGAUAAACUUCGAUCCUCAUUUGAUCUUGCUCGUAAAUAUCGUCAUAAAUUGUCAUACUAUCAUCCAAUAAUGACAAACAUGGAGGAAAAUGAUAUUGCAGCUGCAACACCAGCACCAUUACCAGAACGCGGAUCACCAGGCACCGGACGCUUUUCAUUUGGAAUGAAACGUUCAACAUUGCCAACAACACCCGAUCGUAAUACAAAUGAACAUUCUAAAUCUUUUAUAUUAUUAGAUGCAAAAAACAAAUAUCUUUUCAAUGGCGUUUCACGAGAAAUUCAACAACUUCACCCGACUUGGGAACAAGGACGAGUUAAAGAACUUGCAUUUGAAUACGUUCAAGCUACACAAAAUCAAUGCAAUGGUUUAAUUGAAUUAUUUACUGGUCUUGCAAAUUUCAAGCGAACACAAGGAUUAAUCGAUACUGAAGAAUCAUCGGGAAAAUAUAGACCACUUUUGGUAGUAAUUGAAAAGUUAUAUUUAGCUAUGGAUGAACUUGGUUUUUCACCGACCGAAGAACUUCAACGAACAUUACUUGAUUUAUCAUAUCGUGUUAUGCCAUUUGAUAGAUUUGUUGCUGCAAUCGAUCAAAAUAUUCUUAUAUUAACGGAAGAAUUUGUUACACGAAUUAUUUUGGAAUUAGAUGAUGAACCAAAAUCAUAUACAGUCAAAGAACAACUUAUUUUUAUGUUACCAAAUACGAAUGGGGAUUUACAUGCACGCUUAUUUGCUUUAAUAAAAACUGAUCGGGCUCAACGUAUGACUGCACAAUUACUUGUCGCUCGAAAUUUUUCUGCAGAGAACUUGUUUUUUAUUAUUUUUGCUUUUUUACUUUGUUAUAGAACAAUGAAUCAAUUACAAUCCGAAGACGUCGAACCAAUUUCUCAACCUAUGACUGAAUUUCAACGAUUGGUUUCAGAAGAUAAUGAUGAUAUCGAUAGGAAACACGACGGAGACAAUGAACUGGCUAAAAUACGUCGUCGGGCACCAACAAGACAUUCAACAAAAGCAGUAUCAACUCGAAAAACAAUAGCAAAACAAACUUCCUUAACUGAGGUAAAAUAG